GUCUAUUACUUGAUACAAGGUCUGUGGAAUAUUGUGACUGCCAACAUUCCUUAACUUUCACGUUGUACGGGCGUGCACCAACCAGGCUACUCCAGUUAGUCUACGGUGAAUAUUCGGUGAAAGCUGUUCUAAAAAACUCACGUACCCAAACGAUAGCGCUGUAAUGCUUAAUAAAUGUUUAUAUUGUGUUUUCAAUAUUUUAUGGAUGUGUGGAUGAGUGUAUGACAGAAGACCAGAGCAAUUUGUAAAUUGUUAAACCGGUCAUUUAUAAAAAAGAUAAAAAUAAUAAAAAUAAUAAUUAGAAAGAAUAAUAUAUUCAAGGUAUUUUGGAUGCAUUGUUUUGAAAUAACCAAAAUAAAAUAGAAAAAAUAUAAUAAAGUGUUUUAUCCUUGAAAGGAAAUAUUUGGAGAGAAUUCAACUCAGAUUAUUCAAAGGCAUGACGAAAGCAUUGUUAAAAUAAUGUUUUAUUUCUUUGUUGAAAUACUCAUGAAAAUUAAUGAAUGAGUAAAAUAUUAAAAUGUGAUUAAAGCAAUAAAUUUAAAAGAAAUAUUUUGAAUUUAAAACAAAAAAUAAAUGUUAAAAUACGCAUUGUGAAUUACUCAUCAAUUGAAUUGAGUAAGUGAUGAUAUGGUGUGAAUACUUUCAUUCGUAUUUAAAAAAAUGUGUUAACCCAAAUCUACACUUUUACUACAAAGAGGGUAAAAGUCUUAGUCCUGCUACUUGUCACUUCCUUUAAAGAAAAAUUUAAAUAAAACAACAAACAACCCUCCUCCAUUUCUAUUCAUUUCAUUUUGCUUCUUUGUCAUGUUCAAGGAUGUUAAGAAAAAUAAAGUUGAAAUAAAAUUAAAAUAAAUUAUACAUGUAAGUGAAUUUUAAAGCAAAUUUUAUUUCGCUUAGUUGUCUGUAUAUUUGUGCAUAAAAAAUACAAAAAUAGUAAAACAAAAAAAAAAAAAAAAAAUAAUAAUAAUAAUAAAGAAUCACUGUCACAGCCUAAAGCCUGCCAUUAAUAACUAUUGUUACAGUUGUGUUUAUUGUUAUUGUUGAUAUUCUCAACAUGUAUGUGUGAAUACAUAUGCAAACAUGUGUAUGUGCAAUUCAAAUAAACAACAUAUUUAACAAAGGAUAAAAAACAAAUAUAUUUAUUUUAAAAGUGUAUUUAACAAAAGUACUUUCUAUAACAUCAACAAGAAUAAUAAUAUUAUUUUACAAAUAUUUUCCAUAAUUACCGGCCCAUAGAGUAUUCUACUUUAAAAAUAAUAAGCAAAGCAAAAGUUAAAAGCGAUUUAAAUUCAACAUAAAUGUUUUUGUGCUUAAAAUAUGCAUUGAAAACUCAAAGUUAAUAUGUAAAGAUAAAUUUAUUUUCGCUAAAAAAUAAAAUAAAAGUUAUAGUACAACAAUUUCAUUCGAAAUAAAUAGAACCUGUGUGUUUAUAUUGCACUUGUUUUUCCCAACAUUAAGCGUAAAAUCAUAAAAGAAUAAAAUAAGCUAAUAACAAUAGCAAAAACAAAAUUAAAAUACAACAUCAACAGUAAAAUAAUACUUACAAACAUUCUUACUUACAUUUACAUACAAGUAAAUUAGUGUCUGUGAGUCAAUGUAAUAACAAACAAAAAAAAAAAAAAGAAAACCUCUCUUUUACAUACAGUACGGUGUGAGUAAAUUUUCUGCUAGUGAGCCUGCAUAAGUGUUGUAUUAUUCUUGCUGACUUCAUCCUUGGGUAAUAAGCAAAUAUUUGUUUGGAUAUAAAAUACAUUGUUUAUUGUGUUCUUUUGCUGUUGGAUUUUUGUUGUUGCUUUAGUAUUUAGACCAUCUAUAUCUAACAAAAACAACGAUUUAAAAAAAAAAAAACAAGCACUGCACAAUCUCGUGUAACAAUUGUUUAAACAUCACAUGUGAACCGAAAAGAUGAAAAUACUCUAAUACAUAUGCCAUCGUUGUAUCAAAUGACAAGCUAAAACCCUCAACCAUUGACAUCAUUUAAAGGUUGUCCUUAAACAGAAAGAUAAAAAACGACUACAUAUUCUGCACAAAAAAGAAGACAAUAUAAGAGUAUGUAAAUCCUAUUUCAUUAUAAUGGUUACAGAAUCCACAUCAUAAAAGCAUCAGUUUAAAUUUAGUAAAAAAAAACGUUAGAAUGAAAUACAACUUUACAAAUGCAACGGAAGGAAAGAAACCAAAGAAUGAACAACUUCUGAGCAAGUGAAAAAAGGAAGGAAGCUAAAACACAAGCAAAUAAUACGAUAAAUAAUAAAACAUCAAAACAAACAAAAAACUGAUAAUAUUAAACAAAAACCAAAUAUUAUUUUAAAAGUGCAUAAUAAUACAAUGUUUUAAGUCCGUAUUUCAAAAUUUGCAACUCAUUUUGUAUGCGUGUCCUAAAAAUAAACAUUGCAAACUUUCGAAAAAUAAGAUUUAAAUUGAGAACAUAAUAAAAUACAGGUCCACAGUAGAAAAAAUUAAACCAGAAAUUAUAUUAUAUAAUUCACCAUCAACUACCAUUCAUUCAUCAUUUGGAUAACAAAGGCCAUCACAACUUUACAAUAACACAAAGAAUCGAAAUAAAAAAACAUAAAGAUUACAAAUAAAGACUUUGAAAAAUUAUACAGCGUAGUUUGAUUAUGGCAAACGACCAUAUUCUCAUAAUAGAAAAAUCCUACAUGGACCAAUAGCAGUAAGUCUCAUUAAAAAAAUACGGUUACAAUACAAACACCAUUAGAAGGGGAGAAAAAUGUAAAAAAAAAUAUAUUUAAGCAACAUAAUAAAAUUAAUUUUAUUGUCAUUGCAAAACAACACUACAACAAUACACAAUUUUUCCUUUAUUCACCCUGAGAAAUAAAAACAGUGGCAGCAGCGGAGCAAGUACAACACUUAAGGCUGACAUCUUCCAAGUCUCAUUUAUCAUUUGUGCAACAAUUCAACAGAAAAAAACAGAAAUGAUAUAAAAAAUAAUAAAACACUAUUGUUACAUCAGUGUUUUAUAUACAAUUGCAGUUAUUUUAGUUUUUCAUUUUUCGUAUUUUAUUUUCAUAUUUAAAUAAACGUUAACCUUAAUCAAAGAAAAAUAAAAAAACAACAAAAAUAUACAGUAACAAACUAUAGAUAGAAAAGCAACAACGAUAACAGCAGAACAAGAAGCAACGUUCAUUGCCGUUUCACAAUAUCGGGACGAAUGUUAAGUGUGUGACAACGAGCAGCAAUACCACCUUCAACUCCUACUUCCAAACUAUACCAACAGCAUUGGUUUUGUAACAGGAAGUACAAUUGGUGGAUCCACUACAAAUGUUUCCAAUACUAAUGCCAAUGCACAUGCUAGAAAUACGUAUCAUUCUACUUUGCCUGCCAUCCAUUUUACUGGCGACAACACUGGAACCAGAUCAAAAGUCAAUACUUACCGAUAGCGAUUGGAAAAAACUAUGGAUGCAAGGAGGUAUAAAUCCCGAUUCAAAAUUGGAUAGCAACAACAUCGACUCAAGCGACAGUCCAAUGUUUGAAGAUAGUGAAAUGAUGGCGCACAAUACGACCGUCCAGUUGGGUGGCACAGCGUUCCUGGUGUGCAAAGUUUCCGGCGUGGAUAGAGUGGGUGUAAAUUGGAAUCAAAUAUCUUGGAUACGUCGCCGAGAUUGGCACAUACUGUCGUCAGGUGCUCAACUUUAUACAAAUGAUGAACGUUUUGCCAUAUUGCAUACACCUGGCUCAAAUAUGUGGACAUUGCAGAUAAAGUUUGUGCAACGACGAGAUCACGGCAUGUAUGAAUGUCAGGUCUCCACUCCCACAGGCAUUAUUUCACAUUUUGUUAAUCUCCAAGUGGUUGUACCAGAGGCAUUUAUAUUAGGUUCGGGUGAAUUACAUGUUGACAUGGGAUCUACCAUCAACCUAGUUUGCAUCAUUGAAAAGAGUCCUACGCCACCACAAUACGUGUAUUGGCAAAAGAAUGAUCGUUUAAUCAAUUAUUACGAUUCGAGACGAGACAUUUCGAUAGAAACAACACCGGGUCCACGAACGCAAAGUCGUUUAAUAAUACGAGAACCACAAAUUUCCGAUUCAGGAAAUUAUACAUGUUCAGCAAGUAACACAGAACCAGCGAGUAUAUAUGUAUUCGUAUCAAAAGGUGAUAAUAUGGCGGCAAUAUCAAGAAGAAAAACUUCAUCUGCUGACCGUAUUGCUGCCAUAUUUAUGUAUGUUGUGGCACCCUGUGCAUUAGUAAAUACAAUAGUAAUACGGCGGAUAUUUCUUACUUAAGACUUCUUUAACGUAUAAAUACUUAUUUAGCAAAGGAAAAAAGUGUUAUAGAACUAAAUUAAAUCCUAUUUAAGUUUCCAAUUUACAAACAUGUUAAGAUAUUUAAUAAUAAAAUUAAUAGUAAAUCUAUUUACAUCUUAUACGUACAUGCAUUUGUAAAGAGGAUCAAGAUGUAUAAAUGUAUGUAUGUGAAUUAUGUAAAUUUAUGUAAGUGAAUGUGUAUUAUUUAGCAAAACUACUGUAAUUAAUUAGUCUUUAAUAAGAAUGGCAACAAUAUAAAAGAAGCAACAAAACAAAAUGCAUGAUUUUUUUAAUAAUUAUUAUAAAUGUACUAUACAACAUAAACACAUAAAAACAUACAAAUAAUUAUGACUAGUAAUAUUAUUAUUAUUAUUGUUUACUAAUAUUAAUAACAAAAUUAAUAAUUAAUACUAUAAAUUACUUAAUGAUAAGUGUCAAAAAAUCACUAUAAUUCUAAUGAAUAAAUAUCUGUAGCAUAAUUAAAUAAAUUAAAAACAUAAUAAAUAUAAUUCAAUAGAAUACAAACAUACAAAUAACGAAAUAACGCGAUCACACACGCCCACAAACAAUUAAAAUAAUUUGUUUUUCAUUAAAUUUUAAUUGUUCAUUAUCUUGUUUUAUUUACAUAUAGAUAUGAACCCAUAUGGACAGAAAAAUAGGUGUGUGUAUUAUUUAAAGUUUCAAAUAGUUCAGAAGCAAAGGAGAUCUUUCCGCCAGCUUAUCUUCCCGUUUAUAUAAAUACAUUUAUAAAAUAAUGAGAAACAAUUCAUCGACCUGCUACUCUCUUUCAUUUAAAAAGCAUAAAAGUACAGAUAACAUAGAAUGGACCAGAAGGUCCAUCUAAGUAAAAAAACUUUAAUUGCACAUAUAUUUUUUAAUUCACUUUACAUAAAAUUAUUUUUUCUAAAUCAACAAUAAAUAUAUUUUUUAAAGAAAUAAAAUAAAAAAUCACACCUGUUUUUUUCUCGUCAUGUGUAUGCAUAUUUAAAUGUCCUUUUGUUUUAUUCCCUCUUGUACAGUCUUAAAUACCUGAAUAAAACAAUUUAUUUUUUUAGAAUUGUUUGUAUUUGUGUAAGUUAUUAUUAUAAAUUCUGGGUACGUGUGAAAGGGUGUGUCUGUGUGCUUGUAUUGUAUUUACCAAAUAAAAAUUUAUAAAUUAAAAAAGCAAAAAAAAACUAAUAACAGAAAUUAAAAGAAAAUUUAAUAUACAAACCGAAAAAAUUGCAAAAAGAAAUUCUAUUAUGUAAAAUUUUCUAUU